GUGUUGGGCUCUGUCGGUGAACCAAUCAACCCCACUGCGUGGGAUUGGUAUCAUCACGUGGUCGGUAGCGGGCGCUGUUCCGUCGUGGAUACCUUUUGGCAAACCGAAACCGGAGGACACAUGAUUACUCCGCUUCCUGGUGUGACUUCACUUAAACCGGGUUGCGCAACUCGUCCGUUUUUCGGUGUGGAUGCCCAAAUCUUGUCCGACAAGGGCGUUAAUCUCAGUGAGGAGGCUGUCGUCAGCGGCAAAUCCGUCGAAGGCUACUUAGUGUUCGGUAAACCAUGGCCCGGAAUGAUGCGAGGUGUGUAUGGAGACCAAAAAAGGUUUGAGUCGGUUUACUUCACUCGUUUUCCCGGCUACUACGUGGCUGGGGACGGUGCAAAGAUGGAUGAGGAUGGAGAUAUAUGGAUCACAGUUAUUUAA